AUGUGGCUAAUUUUCACAUUUUUACCAUUUAUGGUAAACGCUAUCGAUCCUGUGUUAAAGGAUCUAUUGACGCCGAUGUCAGAGUUGGGAGAGAGCUGUGGUUAUGAUAGUUGUCCUGAGAUAAAAGAAGGGUGGACCAACGUGCACAUUGUUCCCCAUUCUCACGCUGAACUUGGUUACAUGAAGACGUUCGAUGAUUAUUAUACAGGAUUUCAUCGAAUGGUCUACGAACUGAUACGCCAGGGCCGGCUGGUGUUCGUGGGGGGAGGAUGGGGGAUGGUGGACGAAGCUACCACGUACUACCAAGCUGUUAUUGACAGCUAUACUUUUUCUUUAAGAAAGCUAAACUCGACUUUCUUAUCCUGUGCUCGUCCGCUGGUGGCGUGGCAGGCAGAUUCCUUUGGACAUUCUAGAGAACAUGCAUCGUUAAUCGCACAGAUGGGAUUCGACGCUCUUUUUAUAAACCCCAUCAGCUUUGAUGAUGAGAUGAUUAGGAUGGAGAGAAAGGCUCUGGAGUUUUUGUGGAGAGGAAGUGACGAUUUGGGUCCCGAAACUGAUAUUUACACGCACAAAUUGUUCGAUGGCUACUGGUCUCCGCCAGGGUUCUGCUUCGGCAGUUUAUGUUCUGAUCCUCUGCUUAUAACUUCGGAUAGUGUUUUUAAAAAUGCUGAAGAACGAGCAAACGUUUUCAUAGAUGCUAUCCGAUAUCGUCAAGCCCCAUAUUACAAUACAAGGCAAGUGAUGGUGGUGUUGGGGCAACGAAUGGGUUAUUUUAACGCAAGAAUCUGGUAUGAGAAUAUCGACAAGUUAAUCUUCUACGUAAAUGAAAGGACUUACAGAGAGAAUCUCAAAAUAAAUUUGAUGUAUUCUAACCCUUCAUGCUACUUGAAUGCUGUACAAGGAGAAAAUCCAAUUUUAGAAACAAAGCAAGACGAUUUCUUUCCCUUUGCAUACAACAAGUAUUCAUACGCAUCUGGAAUGUUCACCUCGAGACCAAUUUUCAAGUAUUUUGUGAGGGAAGCUAAUAUCUAUUUGCAGAUUGCAAAGCAGUUACAAGUUUUAGCAAAUUUAAAAAACAAAGAAGAAGUCUUAGAAGAAUUGAAAUGGAUUGUUGGGGUGGUGCAAGAUCAUAAUAUAAUAACAGGAGCUAUGAGACCCUAUGCAGCGAGUUAUUAUUCUGAAAAGCUACAUUCAGCGAUAGAACAAGCUAUACCCUUAAUUGGAGAAUCUUUUAAUAAACUUCGUAAGACUGAAUCACCGGCAGUCUACCACAGAUGCUCAUUUAACACGUCUUCAUGUCAACAUACUAAAGGAAAUGCUUUUAAUAUUGUCGUGUACAAUCCACUGGCAUGGUCAGUCAAUACAUCAAUUAGAUUGCCGAUUUUCAAUAAAGAUUAUGAUGUGUUUGAUUCAACAGAUACCAAAAUAAGAGCGGUCAUAAUGAAAACAUCAGACCAUGUUUUAAAAAUUCCAAACAGACAUACAACCGAAUAUGAAUUAGUAUAUAUAGCCAAAGUGCCACCUCUAGGUUUUACUUCUUAUAAAGUUAUAGCAAAAAGAAGAAAACGAUCAUUUAUCAAGAAAACUAACGAAAACCAACAAAAAACAAAUUUCAUUCGUCAAGUUAAUAAUAAUAGAUCAAUAUUUGAUGAUUAUGACGAUUUUGAUGAAACAACAGCAGAAAAUAAGAUUGAUUUUGGGAAUGUAAGUAGAGAUGAUGUGAUUAAUGAUAAUAGUAAUGUUGUAACGUCUAGAAGUAAAACUACAGCUACUGCUUUAUAUUCUACGACUGAAGUAGAAGUAACAAGUGUUCAAGAUACAACUGCAGUUGAAAAUUUGAAUAAUUCUAAAGUUAAUUUCAAUUGGUUUGUUGAAGAAGCAGAAGAAAAAGAGAGUGUUGGAGAAAAACAAACUAAUCAUAAAUAUUACUAUGAAGAAUCUAAUGAUACUUUUAUAAGGAAUGAGUACAUACAAAUAAAUUUAGAUGAGUACCGAAAAAUAUCAACCAUGAAUCUUUCAAACGGGAUCAACACGACUUUGGAUAUCCAAUAUUAUUACUACAUUUCUGAUGUCCCAGAAAAGAACAGCACCAAAAUCGAUCCAGGCGCUUACAUUUUCCGAAGCAACGACUCGAACCCAGUACCUAUUAUAGAUUAUAUAAACACGAGGAUAUAUAAAAGUGAUGUGGUCGAAGAAAUUCAUUGCAAAUAUUCAGAUUUUGCUAGUUUUGUUGUAAAAUUGUAUUCUGAAAGUCCGGUUUUAGAAGUGGAUUGGGUUUUGGGACCAGUGCCAGCUGAUGAUGGUCUUGGCAAAGAAGUGUUCCUACGAUACACAACAAAUUUAAAUAACGAUGGUGUUUUCUACACGGACGCCAAUGGCAGGCAAAUGAUAAAACGGAUACAAAAUACUCGAGCGACGUACGAACCGCACAAUUUGGACCCUAUUGCUGGUAACAUGUAUCCUGUUACAUCAAGGAUAUAUAUGGAAGAUUUGAACAAAAACCUUCGCUUCUCAAUUUUCAACGACAGGUCUCAAGGAGGAGCAUCCAUUUUGGAAGGAUCGAUAGAUCUAUUUGUGUUAAGACGUAUAUUCACUGAUGAUAGCAAAGUUCAGUCGUACAUGAAUGAAACUGAGUAUGGAAAGGGCCUAAUUGUCCGUGGGACACACUAUCUCUACCUAACUAAGGCUAAUUUCAAACAAAAUAGGCUGUUUGAGAAAAAAAUUUCAAAGGAGAUUGAGUUGAAAUCUCAAAUUUUUGUCUCGUUAAACAAUGAUAAGGCCGGUAAUAAAACUUUUACAGGUUUAAAAAGCAAGCUGCCAUUUGGGGUACAUCUGCUGAGUUUAGAGAAGACCGAUGAUGGUCUGUUAGUUCGACUCGAAAAUUAUUUGGAGAAAGUAGACGUUUUGAGGAAAAACAUAAAACGUGUUUAUUUAAAAGAUCUAUUUUUCAAUAUACAAAUUAUAAAUGCUGUCGAAACAACAUUGGGUGGACACAUCCUUAAAAAAGAUUGGACUCCAAUAAAAUGGCAGAAAAAUGAAAGCUUUGUUAGAAAUUUCAAUGAUUUUUAUGGAAAAGACAAAAAAGAAUUCAGUGAUGACGUCAAUAUUUAUGAUGAUGACGGAUGUGGCUCGUUAGACAUU